CGUGAAGCGACGCGGGCGGAGAACGUUUGUUUUCGCACCCUUUGAACACCCUUUACUUAAUUGUUUACUUCCUUCCUAGAUAUUGAUAUAAAAACUAUUAUUAUAUGACUAUUAAUGUUAAUUUGUUAGGUGCAAUUUAUUUUUGAAUAAAGUUAUCGAGUGCAAAUAAUUUAGGCUUAUCAGUGCAGGACGUCUUUGUGAUUGGAUGCGUGGGGGUCAACGAAGUGAUGCCAUGACUCAGAGCAGUCUGGCCUCUGAGAAAUCACAUGGCAGCAUCCGCACGGUUUCUGAAGAGAAGUUGAUGGUGGCGGUGCGCGUGCGGCCGCAGCGAGCAGAUGAAGGUCCCCGGAUCGUGCACGUGGUCAGCGAUAAGAUGCUGGUGUUGGAAGAGGAGGCGGACAGCCGUCGGGACGUGCUGCGUCAGCGACGGCUCAACGACAAACAUUACAUUUACGACCGCGUGUUUGGCGAAGGGAGCACACAAGAAGACGUGUACGACGCAGUCUGUGCUCCUCUGGUGGGCGACACGUUGAAAGGUUUCGCGGGGGCUGUGUUCGCGUAUGGAGCCACUGGUGCUGGCAAAACGUACACCAUGACAGGCCUUAUGUCCCGCGCGCUGAGUCAUCUCUUCGCCAGCAUCGCUGAGAGUGAACAGCCUGACUCAUACGAGGUAAAAAUGUCGUACAUCGAAAUAUACAACGAGGUAAUUCGGGACUUGCUGAACCCGAGUGCGGGACCCCUGGAGCUUCGAGACGAAGGUGGCAGUGGGGCUCCCGUGGUGGCAGGACUUAGUGAACUGAAAGCCAACAGUGCUGCUCAUGUAGCAGAGCUGCUGGCUAGGGGGGACAGAUCUCGUACUGCAGAACCUACACAUGCAAACCAACACUCUUCCAGAGGACAUGCUCUCUUAAGUGUAACAGUAAGUCAACAAGUAGAGAAAGGUACGCAACGCGGGCGUUUGUUCCUCAUUGACUUGGCGGGGUCUGAGCGCGCCGGGCUGCGCUCGCGACGCCUAGAGGGAGCUCAUAUCAACCGAUCUUUGCUAGCGCUUGGAAAUUGCAUCAUGGCUCUUUCUGGAGGAGCGAGGUACGUGAACUACCGCGACUCGAAGCUGACCCGACUGCUGCGCGAGGUGCUGGGGGGGCGCUGCCGCACCGCCAUGGUGGCGCACGUGGCUCCCGGCGCUGCACACCGCGACACUACGCGAUCCACCUUGCAUUACGCGCAAAAAGCCUCUUCCAUCACCAACAAGGUGGAACGAGAAUUGGUCGAAACUCCGAUGCCUCUUUCACAAUAUCGGACAGUCAUCAACGAACUGCGCGAGGAAAUCGCUCGACUGAAACUCAAGAUGAAGGACGAUAGAACAAUUAAACCAAAGGAGUUCCAAAUGGUUGAAGAGGAGGUGAGCAAAGAGGAUGCAGCGGAGAACGCAGCUCAUUUGAAGUCUUUACGCGAAGCCAUCGUGUCUACAUUCAAGCAACAGAUGCGACUGCGGAGACGGCUGAUGGAGUUGGACAGUCACCUACUGGGGCUAGCGUUAGACGCCGAGAGACAACACGCCGCGAUAUCUCAUUGGGAGGCGAGGUUUAACCGCCUUUACAAACCUAUCAACAUUCCUGGCUCCAGACUCAGUACACAGCAGAGUUACAGGGGCGGUACAGGGUUGUCCUCCAGCAGCAGCGAGCGGGCCGAGGCCGAGGUGGCGGUGGAGCAGGCGUGGGCCGAGCUCGCCGCCGUGGAGCGCGAGCAGGAGUCCGCGCGAACCGAGAGGGAACGCGUCGAGAGACAACUGGAGCAAGUGCGCCUGAGAGGGGCGCAGUUGGAACAGGAGUUACCAGCGACCAUCAGCAGCGGGCCGGAGCGCGAGGUGCUGGCGCUGGUGUGCCGCGUGCACGAGCUGGAGGCCGACAAGCUGGCGCUGCAGGGCGAGCGCGCGGCGCGGGCGCACGAGCUGCGGCGCCGCGACCUCGCGCUGCAGCGCCGCGACGCGCAGCGCCGCCUGUCCGACGAGAUCAUCACCCGCCAGAGGAGAGCGCUGCAAGACGUAGGCGUCGGCGUUCCCCCCGAGCUAGCUCAACUGUACGAGUUAUACCAACAAGAGAUCCACGCAUCCACGUACACAGAGAGCAACGACAUUUACACGCCUCCCUACCGCUUGCCGCCUAUUUCUACCAGCAUGUCUGAGCUGACGUGGUCGGAGAGCUCGAGCGGGUCGGGGCGCGGCUCGAGCUCGGGCUCGGGCGGCACGCUCGCCUACGACUACCGCCUGCCGCGCCUCGCGCCCACCCCAAGGCCCAGGACCAGAUACAGUCAAGCAAGUGCCUCAGCGCUUAAACGUUACGCGAGUGAUGACAGCCUGGUGACGGCCGGUCACCGCGGCGACGACGAACCCGUGCCUUGACUUCACUAGUCACCCCUUACCUGGUUUCUCUUCUUCUAUCUGGUUGGCAUACAUGGGCAAAUGCUAAGGGCAUUUCUAAGCCAAAGUUGACUUAAUGGGCAAAGGCCUUAAUGUCGAUGACAAUGUUUUCAAGUCGCACAAAGUUGUAUUUAAAAAUAGUCCUUCCUGGUGUUUUAAUAUUUGUUGUACUUUAGCUAGGUUUUAUCCAUCGUCAGUUUGAGUCCUUACUUGAUUUUGGCUUUAAAUGUGUGAAGUGAUAGAAUGUUGCAGUAUUGGUUUUACCCGCGUUGAAAACACUAUGUUGAAGUUGCGUUUAGGUCACUUUAGUGGUGUUGUGAAUGGUUGUAACUAUCUGUUUGUUAAUUUAGGCGUAUUAUAAGAUAUUGUGAUUUUUUGUAAAUGAUCCAAUAAAUAUAAUCGCCACUUGUUUGGCAUAGAA